AUGGACCUGAGUCGGGUUGCAGGCAAGGCUCUGGCCCGAGCUGUCCGGGUCUCUACGUGGUACAUGGCGGGGCAGCAUGAGCACUUGCAGACUCAAACAUCUGGCAGGGUGGUGGCGAUGGUGUAUGAUGAAGAGGCCUGGACUAGGGCAGAGUAUUUCAGUGUGGACGGUCGCGAUGUUCUCCUGGUGAUGUUUGACUUAGAGGUCACAUGGCCGCCACCGAAGAGUGACGCCCGGGUCGGUGGCUACGAUUUUCUCGGUGGGGAGGUUGAGGCAAUUCUGCUUCUCUGCCGCGCUUUCGGAAAGCAUGCAUUUGCCCACCAGGCCGUGCUCUUGAUGACCGAAGCUAAAUCCAAAGGCGAAAGCAUCGAUGUGGACUACCUAAGACAGCAAGCCUUUUCCGCAAUCAAUCACCGUGGAAUGAGCUAUGAACUCUUCAGCACACUGGCAAAACGUGGUGGAGUCAACAUUGAAAAGAUACACACCAUUUCUGAUCCCUGGCAACCGCCCGAGAAAUACCACGGGCCAGCACUUUUAGUCCUAGCACCUGACUCUGCCGAGUUUGCAAGCGCAAAGGAGGUCAACGAGCAGUACUGCUCUCAAAUGGAGGUGGUCUAUGGAAAAGGUAGCCACUACAAUAUCCUCCAGGGGGAGCAAGCACUUGUGUCUGGCGACCUGCUUCACAAAUUUUGUCAGAGGUUCUCACCAGCUGUUUCUCGACUGCCCAAUGAAGGCCCUCAAAGAUCGAGCACGAAGGCUGCAAAGAAAGCCGUGAGCGAUGACAAACUACUUAUCCUGAGGCGUGGUAGUCCAGGGAUCCCACAAAUUUACCUUGUUCACGGUUUGGAUGGUGAUGUGAUGAGCGGCGGUGCCACGUUCAAGACCAUCGCAGCUCAUUUGGAGCCUUGCAGGGUGGGUGCCUUGGUCUACGACUCCGAGGCAUUGGCCUGCAAUUCGGUCCCCGCACUGUGCAGCUUGUACAACUCUCGCGUCUUGGCUGACUCCGAGAGCUUCAAAAAUGGUGCAGCAAAAAACUUGAUAGUGGUAGCAGGAUAUUCCUUCGGCUGCGUCCUCGCACACAAGAUGGGAUACCAGCUACAGCAGGCUGGAGUUGAAGUUGCCGUGGUGAUGUUUGACUUGGAGGUCACGUGGCCGCCACCACAAACCAACUCACGUGUUGGAGGAUACGACUUCCUCGGAGGGGAGGCUGAGGCCAUCCUGCUAAUUACCCGUGGAUUUGGCAAGUUCGAGUUUGCUGUCAAGGACCCCCGGACUAUAUGA